UCAAAAUAAUAUUGCUCGAAGAAACUGACAUAUUUAUAAUACAAAACUUAGAUAACACACAUAAAAAUAAACUUUAAUGUUAAACAAUUCAUGGUAUUACGAUUCAUUAAUUAUAAACAAUGAUUAUAUUAUUACUGCUGGUCUCGUCAUGCAUUUUACUAUUGUACUAUUACUACUGGACGAGAAUUCAUACCUACUGGUUAAGAAGAAACGUGCCUUGUCUUAAAUUUUCGCUUUUCGGAAAUAGUCGAAAUGCAUCAAGAUUGAAAAUUACAAUUGCUGAAAGUCUUCAGAUGUUAUAUAAACAGUACGAAGGAUAUCCGUUCGUCGGGACUUAUGAACUCACAACACCGAUUCUUUUGCUGAGAGAUCCAAAACUAAUUAAACGUGUGCUUGUGAAAGACUUUGCCUGCUUUCAAAGUCGUGGCAUUGUGAUAAACGAACAUAUUGAUCCGCUUACCCUAAAUUUAAUUAAUAUCAAUGGACAACGAUGGCGAAAAUUGCGCAUGAAGCUCACACAUGUCUUCACAACCAACAAAAUUCGACAUAUAAUUGAAUUAAUCACAGAAGUGUCAGAAAAGUUUAAGCAAUUUUUAGAGCAAUACGCAGAUAAUGAAGAGCCUGUCGAAUUUCGAGAUCUUGCUGCCAAAAUCACCAGUGAAAUCGCCACAACCAGUUUAUUCGGGCUCCAAAUGAAUACGAUACAAAAUGAUGAUUCCGAAUUUCGAAAAAUGUGUAUGAAACUCGUAGAUCCGUCGUUAGAUAUAUCGAUGAGGAGAUAUAUACGCGAUUAUAUGCCAAAAGUAUUUAAAUGGUUAUCAAUUCGGUUUACACCUCCAGAUGUUACUACCUAUUUCACAAAGUUAGUGAAAGAAAUAAUUGCACACAGAGAAAUGCAUAAAACAGCGCGAAAUGAUUUUAUGCAAGCUUUGAUCAAUUUAAAAUAUGAGGAAACAAAGAUAGAACACACACACACACAAUCACAAAACAUGGCAUUUGAAUCUAAUGAUAUAGUUAUCGAUGACAAGCUAAUCACAGCUCAGGCUGUACUAUUUCUUGUGGCUGGCGGCGAUAACCCAUCAACGACUAUGAGCUUUGCUAUGUAUGAAUUGGCUGCUAAUCCUAAAAUUCAAGAAAAAUUGUACGACGAAAUACAAAUUACCUACAAGAAGCACGGCUGUUUCUCUUACGAUGCUAUAUCCGAAAUGAAGUAUCUCGAUUGCAUUGUUCGCGAAUCACUUAGGAAGUAUCCACCUGUUGGUUCAACACAAAGAAUUUGCGAAGAAUCAUACAGAAUUCCCGAUUCGGAUGUUGUUUUAGAAAAAGGCACAAAAGUUAUCGUGCCCAUUUAUGCAAUUCAUCAUGACCCGCUUUAUUAUAAAAAUCCAAAUGUAUUCGAUCCGGAUCGAUUUAUUGGUGAAAAUAAAAAGCUUUAUGAUAAUGACACAUUUCUACCUUUCGGCAGUGGACCACGCAUCUGUAUUGCAAUGAAAUAUGCCUAUUUCCAAGUAAAAGUAAGUCUUGUUACUGUUAUGGCAAAUUAUAAAGUGGAGCUAAGUGAAAAGACUGUUAUUCCACUACAAUUUGAACCGACUAGUAUGACGUUGACAAGUAAAUCUGGAUUAUGGUUGAAGAUCUAUCGCCGUUUACAAGAAUCAAUGGUUUUAUUAUUGCUGCUGGUCUUGUCAUGCGUUUUACUAUUGUACUAUUACUACUGGACGAAAAUUUAUACCUAUUGGUCAAGAAGAAAUGUGCCUUCUCUUAAAUUUUCGUUAUUCGGCAAUAGUCGAAAUGCAUCGAUGUUGAAGAUUACAGUUGCUGAAAGUCUUCAGAUGUUAUACAAACAGUACGAAGGAUUACCAUUUAUCGGUAUUUAUGAAGUCAUAACACCGGUUCUGUUGCUGAGAGAUCCAAAACUAAUUAAAUAUGUGCUUGUGAAAGACUUUGCCUGCUUUCAAAGUCGUGGAAUAAUGAUAAACGAACAUGUUGAUCCGCUUAGCGCAAAUUUAAUUAAUAUCAAUGGACAACGGUGGCGAAUAUUGCGCACAAAGCUCACAUCAGCCUUCACAACGAGCAAAAUUCGACAUGUAUUUCAAUUAAUCACAGAAGUGUCAAAAAGGUUUAAGCAAUUUGUAGACCAAUACGAAGACAAUGAAGAACCUGUCGAAUUUCGAGAUCUUGCUGCAAAAUUCACUAGUGAAAUUAUCGCAACCUGUUUCUUCGGACUCAAAAUUAAUACGAUAGAAAAGGAUGAUUCCGAAUUACUAAAAAUGUGUAAAAAAUUCACCGAACCAUCGUUAGAAAUAUCGAUAAAGAGAUAUUUACGCGAUUAUAUGCCCAAAAUAUUCAAAUGGUUAUCAAUUCGGAUAACACCUCUAAAUGUUUCUACUUACUUCACAAAGUUAGUGAAAGAAGUAAUUGCACACAGAGAAAUGCAUAAAACAACUCGAAAUGAUAUUAUGCAAGCUUUGAUAGAUUUAAAAUGUAAGCAAACAAAGAUAGAAGAUACGCCAGGACAAUCGCAAAACAUGGCAGUCGAAGCUAAUGAUAUAGUUAUCGAUGACAAGCUAAUCACAGCUCAGGCUUUUAUAUUUUUUCUGGCUGGCUUCGAAACCUCAUCAACGACUAUGAGCUUUGCUAUGUAUGAAUUGGCUGCUAAUCCUAAGAUUCAAGAAAAGUUGUACGACGAAAUACAAAUUACCUACAAGAAGCACGGCUGUUUCUCUUACGAUGCUAUAUCCGAAAUGAAUUAUCUCGAUUGCAUCGUUCGCGAAACACUUAGGAAGUAUCCACCUGUUGGUAUGACACAAAGAAUCUGCGAAAACUCAUACAGAAUUCCGGAUUCUGAUGUUAUUUUAGAAAAAGGCACAAAAGUUAUCGUGCCUAUUUAUGCAAUUCAUCAUGACCCGCUUUAUUAUAAAAAUCCAAAUGUAUUCGAUCCAGAUCGAUUUAUUGGUGAAAAUAAGAAGCUUCAUGAUAAUGGCACAUAUCUACCUUUCGGCAGUGGACCACGCAUCUGUAUUGGAAUGAAAUUUGCCUACCUCCAAACAAAAGUAGGUCUUGUUACUCUUAUGGCAAAUUAUAAAGUGGAGCUAAGUGAAAAGACUGCUAUUCCAUUACAAUUUGAACCGACUAGUUUGACGAUCAUAAGUAAAUUUGGAAUAUGGUUGAAGAUUCAUCGUCGUUUACAAGAAUAAAAGCUAUUUUUAUUUAUGACAAUAAGAAAUUAUAAUUCAAUAUUGGAUAAAUCGGAGCAAUUUCUUUACAUAUGAGAAUAUUAAG